AUGGCAUCUCGUCAACGCCGUCAGAGGCGUGGGGUCUCUAACCCAUCGCCAGGACGACCAGCUGCCGGGCUGUCACUGUUUUCACCACAGUCCACUUUGCCGCCACCGCCAGGAUUCACAAACCCAAGCGUGUUGGCUGGCAUCAAGUCUGGAGACAACAACGCAGAGGGUGUUGGCCAGCUAUCAUCACCGCAUCUGCACUGGAGCCCCAGCACUCACCCUCACUACGUGCACGGAAACAAAACAAUGGCCAAUCUCGAGAUCGGCGUCAAGGAAGGCCUGUAUUACCUGCGAAAGCUGAAGGCAGUCUUAGCCAAGUACCCAACGGUCGAAGCAAACAACUGGCUCGAGGACAUUCAGAAAAUCGAGAAGAAAGCAAAGCUCAACCAAAGGCACGUCAUCGGCAUCGUCGGCGAAACUGGCGCGGGCAAGUCAUCUCUCAUCAACGCGCUGCUGGACGAAGAACGGAUCGUGCCGAUAAAUGGCAUGCGCGCUUCCACGGCCACCGUGGUCGAAAUCAGCUAUAACCACGACGCGCACCGCUACCGGGCUGAGGUGGAGUUUAUCACCGCCGACGACUGGGCCAAGUACCUGGAGGUCCUGUUUGGCGAUAUCGAGGAUGGGACAAGCACCGCGGCCGCGGGCAAGCGCGGCGACGACACGUAUGCCAUCGCGUGCGCGAUGAUCAAAGCGGUUUACGGCAUCGAGCCUGCGGAUAUCCCCAACUACUCAGUGGACCAGCUUGUGCGGCACCCAAACGUUGGCGAUGUGCUUGGGCAGACGAUCAGAUUCUCGCACGAUAACUCACUGUGCUUUUACCAUCUCUUGCAAAAAUACGUUGAUUCAAAGGACAAACGCGCGCAGGGUGCCGGUGAUAUCGAGUACUGGCCCCUGAUCCGCGUCGUUCGCGUGUACGUCAAGGCGCCCAUGCUUGAAACCGGUGCCGUGAUUGCAGAUUUGCCAGGAGUCAAGGACGCGAACCCCGCGAGAGCAGAAGUAGCGAAAAGGUACUUGAAGGAAUGCUCCUGUAUCUGGAUCCUCGCGCCCAUCGUGCGUGCCGUCGACAACAAGACCGCCAGGGACCUUUUGGGCGAAUCCUUCAAGCGACAGCUGCGGAUGGAUGGCACUUAUGAUUAUAUCACAUUUAUCUGCACAAAGGCCGACGACAUCUCUUUCACCGAGGCUGCACAGACAGCUGAACUUGCCAGCCAAAGGGAUGAAAUCCACCUUGUCAAGGAGCAAACCGCAGCAAUGAUCGCGUCCUUGCGCGAAGAAAAAGACGCAAUCGCGGAGGAAAAGGACGAGCUCGAUGAGACCAUCGAGGCAAUUGAUUUCGAGAUCGACGACCUGGCAAGAACUAUUGCAUUGGUUAGAACAAACACGCAAACCUCUGGCGAUCGGCCCAACCUGCAAGAAGGCCCUGUCGGUAGCGCGACUCAUCCAUAUGCUCAACAAGUUUUUCAGGCGGACGAGGAAGAAGGAGAAGAUGAUGCCACCAAACUGCAAAACGCAAACGCGAUGAGGAAGCAACUGAACGGCCAGAAAAAGGCGCUGGACCAAGAAAUCAAGGAUAUCAAUGCGCAGAUCAAGGCCAAGGAGCAGAGCCUGAGAGACUUGAUCGCCGAGUUCAAGUGUCGUUGUGUUGUCGCAAGGAAUGAUCAGGUGAAGCUUACCAUCAAGCAAGACUUUGCAGAGGGCCUGAGGGAUAUGGAUCUUGCGGAUAUACCAGAAACCGGCGGUCCUGCUCCAAUUCGCGAUUAUAGUGGUCUGGCUAAUUCCCUCCCGGUUUUUUGCGUGUCGGCAAGGAGCUAUCAACGGCUCUUCGCUCCAAACGGUACAAGGCCCCUUCUCCAAGAUUAUGAGACGGAGACCAAGACCAUGCUCUCGAAGCUUGAGAAGACCAUUCAAGCAUCCAUCUAUAAUAAAUUCGAUGUGGCCGCGUCUCGUGCGGAAGCCCAAGUAACUGAUGUCCUGGAAGGCUGGAAUGGAGGUGAAAUCGCGUGGAACACGUAUAGAGCUAUCUGCCGGCGCAAAGGCGUGUAUGAUGGUAGAGCCGGGUCAUAUGUAUGUCGUUUCCUGAACUGUGCUGCGAAUUCUGACGCUGUGUGUGCUAACGAAACUGGUCGCGAGCAGGACUGGAACGGGCAAUUGGCCAAACCUAUGCUUGUCAACCUGACGGUCCACUGGGAAAGGACCUUUUCAAACGAAGUGCCGGCGGUCCUUGGUGCUUUCAUCGAUGCCUGUCGCGAGCUUACAACAAAAUUCAGCAAGGAUGUAGAGAAGCACCUCGUGUCCAUCUCGGAGAACGAACCGCUUGUGCGCAAACUGCGCUCGCAAUUGACCAGCUACCAGAACUCGCUGGGCCACAUGCACGCGUCCCUGAGAAGACUGAUGAAACAAGAGCAGAAGAAUGUGAGCCGCAAUAUCGAGCCGAAUAUUCGAGAAUCGUUGGAAGGAGCAUACACUCAGGCCGGUAAAAGCGGAGGACACGGCGUGUUCCAGCAAAUGAAAGGAAUCAUGACGAACCAAGUGAAUAGCAAAAAGGACACGCUGUUUGUCGAUGCCACGCACGAUAUCAGAUCACUGAUGAGAAAAGCGGUUCAAGACACGCGGGUCAAGGCGGGCAAGGGCCUCGAGGAUGUCCACAGGUGCAUCACCCGGGACUACAAGGCGAUCGUCAACCGGGCGAGGACGCUGGAGCAAAGCGCCGUGGAGAAGGAGCUCGAGGGCAUCAUGGAGGAGCUCAGCAUGUUCAAGCGAGCCGCGCCUGCGACUGCGAUGAAGCCGAUGAUGAACGAAGCCAAAAAGGCGGCUGCCAAAGCGAUGCACGGCAGACGCCAGUCUGAUCUGCUGUGA